UUGGCAUGUUAAUUCUCUCUUGCUCUUUUGUUGUCAGGAAUUUUGUGAACAAAUUAUUGUUCCUUUUAUAAGACAGAAGAUCAGUCUUGGAUUUUACCAAUGAAAAUCUACCUGACUACUUUCAGGGUUUUUUUGGGCCUCGCUUCACGGCGACAACUCGCACCCGAACCGCUCCGCCGACCACCGCCGCCGCCGCCGCCCCCUCAAGCUUCCGUUCCAACAGCCACGCCGGAGACAUGCCGCCCAAAGAGCUGCCGGGGUUGUACUACGACCCGGAGAAGAAUCGCUACUUCCCCAUCAGGGGGCCCAUCCCUGGCGCCGCCGCUCAUCGCCCUCCUCCUCCCGCUCCCCCAACGCCGCCGCCCGCAGCCACAGCGGGGGGAUGCAGCAGGAAGAGGGCGAGGCGGCCGGAGCUGCUCAGCGCCAGGGAGAUGUACGGCGGCGGAGUCAUCUUCUCCAACAAGGCCACCAGGUCCACAUUCAAGCAGCAGUGCCACUAUGUGCAGGCGGCUCAGCCCAUGGUCUGGAAGUACCAAGCCACGGCCUCUGUGGCUGAUAAGGCGCUGGUACAAUUGAACACGACUGUUCAGACACCGCAAGGGCUGAGGAAGUCCAGGAUGCUAGUGACAGGCAGCAUGAAUGGUUCGAUUCGGUUAUACGGAUUAGGGAGUGCUCUUAACAACUUUGGGAAUGAGAUGGAGUUUUGGCCCCAGCCUGCAUGGACUCCCAUGGGGAAGCACAAGUCAGCCGCACUCCCCAGCAUCUGGUCAUCUGAAGCAGCCUUCUCAAUCUUGUCAUCCGGUAUAACUUGUAUACAAAAGUUUGGCCCUCAUGUACCUGAUGCAUCCAGCGAUUCAUCAGUUCAACAAGCAUUGGUGGCUACUCUUGGAUCUGGAGAAUCCGGCGGCUCUGUAUAUGUUAUGGAUCUUUCUGAUACUAUUGAAACGACAAUAGGAUCGUGGACUAGAGUUGCUUCACUUGAUCAUACAGUUUGGACAGCUGAUUGUAGUUCUGAUAGCAAACAUGCAGCUUUUGGUACGGACCAUGGUGCUGGUCUGGUCGAUUUGGAAACAAGGGGAUUCUCGCGGCUGUGUCGCUCUAAAAGUGCCAUUCUAUCCCUAAAAUUUGUGCACUCGGGAAAUGUGGUGCUAUGUGGUCUACGGAAUGGGAGUAUAGCCCCUGUUGAUGUACGGCAAAAACACCUUAAUCACCCUACCGGAGUACCUUCUCCUAGCACUGCUAGGAGGACAGUUCCCAUGCUGUCCACAAGGCGUCAUGGGAGGUGGAGAAACCAGGCUGACAAGGAUAAAUGUUCGAGAGAUAUUUCUAUGUCGUCGGCAGUUUGCAGCUUGGUUACGCUCUCAUCAGAUGAGAACUACUUCUUAGGAAGCUCCAUGGAUGGAUCUAUCAAACUCUUUGAUCUCCGUCUCAUUCAGAAGGGAGGUAUACAGUCAUAUGAGGGGCAUGUGAACUCACACACACAGUUACCACUUGUUGUUGAUCCAUCUGAGACCUUACUUAUGUCAGGCGGGGAGGACUGCACUGUUCGCAUUUGGAGCAUCAAAACAGGCGAGCUAAUAUUUGCACAGAGUGUGGCUGACACUCCCUUCACAGCAUUUUGUUGGCCCGAAAACAGCCAUGACUUGUGCGGUUCUUCACUGCUUGAUGCAAACCACAGCUGGGGAGCUUGGUUGGGAUCUCAUGAUGGGCUGUUCUAUAUGCACGGUACUUGAGUGAUUCUGCACCAAUACUGACUUGGACCUCUGGAGCUUGCUGGGUGUUGGGUUGAGAGACACUGAACUCUUUGUUGCACAAAAGCACUUAAAGAAAGUAUCACUCGAGAUGUGAUGCAAUGACGACAAGAGUAUACUGGGGUUGCUGGACAUGUUCACUGAAUGAAGAGCGUCAUCUUUGGAAGCCAGACAUCUACCUAACUUAAUAGGCAAUAUACAUGCUGUUUGUCCCUGAUAGAUGGAUAGAUAGGUCAACUGUCUAGCUAGGAACCGAGUUUUCCUUAGGACGAAAGAUUGUAGUGUCCCGUAUGCUUUGUUAACAACUUGAAAUGGGUCAGGAAAUAGUGACGCUGUUGUUUAACAAAGCUUGCAAUCAAAGCCUGGAAUGGAUGUGCAGUGAA